AUGAGGGCAGAUGACCCCCAGCCCCGGUUUGAAGAAUGGGCACUUGAAACUUUGGAUGAAUUGGAGGGUGAUUUUAGCGGGAAUGACGACGAUGUGGAGCCGGACUUUGUCUCUGAGCAUGGCAGCAACUCAGAAACAGAAAUCGCGUACGAACAAGAUGGUGAGGAUCAGAACGGAGAGGAAGAAGGGGAAAAUAUAGCUGAUGAUGAGACAGAGCUGUCAAUGACAUCCAGUACCCCUCCUCCUUUCGGCAUUCUUCGGAGUUUAGAGCAUAAACUCUCACAAUUCCCGCUGGAAAUUAUUCAGGACAACUUCACAGCUCCGCAACUUCUCAGUUUUGAGUUCCCUCCGGAGACUAGGCCACAUGGCGGGCUCUGGAUUAGCGGUUGGAGACAAUUAGACAUGCUUGUGGAUUUUGCAUGA